GAACUACAGUUUGUAGAAGCUCAACAGCGCGAAUUGGAACAGCUUCUUGAGCCGCUUGAGCGAGCUGCCAGUGAGCUCCCACCAAGUCAACAUCAUGCCGAUAUCGAAAGAGAGGGAAUCUAUCAGCUUGCGACUAGCACGGACCUUGAGUUAAAUCAAUUUUUAUCAGAAAUAAGGGAAAUUGCAGAGCAUGUUGACUCAAGUGGGGCCCAUUUGGCUCGGGUGAUCGGAGAUGAAAACGCGAUCACUGCAUCUGACCAUGAUGCCGGUCGUCCGAAGGAUCCAAUUGGCCAAGUCACUAGAAUACUAAAUGCCCAUAUGCAUUCGCUCAAUCGAAUUCAUCAAAAUACACGUGAGUCAUCCAUACUGACUGUUCGCAUGUUCGCCUUUGAGUUUAUUUGUAUUUGA